GAAAGCAAAGCCCAAGUCGAAGAUAAAACCCCCGAAAUGCUUCACCUUUCCAUGUUCGGGGAGUGGAGCACCAGGGGAACAGCUUCUACUGGGGGUUUUGUCGACCGCUGGUUACAAGCGUGCUUUUCUGGCUUAAGGUUGAUCAAUGCCAACAGCAAUGCCGACUCCUCGUGGCUUCCGCCUCGGCGACAGUCUGAUCAUCGUCGCUAUUUGCAUUUUCGCGACGGGAUGUUUGGUCCAUGGCGCUCCGCCAGCGUCGCGGGCUAAGGGAUACAGUGCGAUCGUCGACCUCACGCUACCCGUAGAUUCACCCGCGCGAGGCAAGGCUGUACUGGAAACUGGGAGAUUCCAGUUCUGGCUGGAAGGUGACAUGAAAGGCGUCUGCUCUUUGAGUGUGCGGGAAAAGUAUACGGGACGUGGUGAUCCAAGCAAUAGGCCUGGAGACCGGGGUUACCUCUUGUGGUCGGCCAACUAUUAUGCAGGAACUCCAGUGGGCGCAGACAAAUGCACUGUCAAAUUCACCAAUAAUGGAGACCUGCAGCUGUGGAUUCUGUACAAGGGCAAGACAUCUCUGACCUGGAGCAGCGAAACCGGUGGCAAAGGGGUGACGAAGAUGGCGUUGGAAACCAACCCCGAUAACGGAAACUUUAAGCUGGUGACGGGAUACAACAAAGCCAUAUUCAACAGCUUUGAUGUCAAGGAAUGGCUGGUUCUUAAGGGUCAGAAAUUCUGGACGGGCGAAAGGUUGAAAAAUCCCAAACAAGAACAGGAUUUGUAUCAAGAAGUAUUGGCAAACAAGGGCACCUACAUCAUGAUCCUCAAGGGAGGAGAUCUUCAGCUGCUUCUGAAUGGACCCAACCCUGAGGUUUACUGGAGCCUUAAAAAGUCAGUCCCCGUCAGCCAGGAUCUGAGCAAGGUUGCAUACGCAGCUGUGGCUAGGAACAAUGAUGGAAUCGGCCUCUAUACAGCGGCAGGGAGUCUCGUCUACAAGACUGCAGUCCCUCCCUGGGUUCCAAAUUAUGGAGCGGAUUAUGACUUUGGCCUCGAUUUCCAAGGCAACCUCAAAUACUAUCUCAUGUAUAAGGAUGCUUCGUGGACCUAUGGUUGGCAGGCGCUUUUUGAGUGCGAUCUGCCCAACUUCUGUGGCAACUACGGUAUUUGCUCUACGACUACUGAUCAGACUGGGACGACCACUGCCGGAUGCACUGGCUGUCCGACGGGUUUCUCUUUGAACUCACCCGACCACAACUCUCCACCGGUUUGCAAGCGGAACAAAAAAGUGAAAAAGUGCAACAACAAGAAUUACGUGGAAUUGGCGGGCUAUGAAUCUGCGAUGCUGUUCUACGCGACUCCGCUCAGGAUCUCACUGGGUGCCUGCAAAGCCAGUUGCUCGGCUGAUUGCAACUGCGAUGGAUUCUUCUACAAUGGGAAGGCAGGAAAUUGUUUCAAGCGAACGCAGAUCCUUACACUGAAGAAGGUGACUGUCAACACCGGUACGUCGGUGUUCAUCAAAGUAUAGAGAGUGGAGAAGAGAUGACUUCAUUGAAAAUGCACUUGCAGCCAGUUGGAUCCAGUCAAGGGGGCGAGGUGGGUCCAGCUGGAUACACGCCAUACCAAGCUCAAUAUCAUACGCUCAUUACUUUUCAGGAUUUUUCAACACGAAUACUGCCACAAUUCUCAUGUGUGGAUACGGGUUUUCUUCAGUGAAACGUUUGUGGAAUUGGAUCAUGAGCAUAUACAAUACAUCGAGCUUGUACGGUCACUUGAAUUACCUACUUCUCGCGUCAUCUUCAAUUCUGAAAUGGUUCAGAAUGUCUAUCGCAGUCUUCUCAUGAACCUAUUGCUGGCCACUUUAUUUACUGCUUGGUAUUGAGGUAUUUCUCGGACUAUGGUUUGAAAAUGUUCUACGUAACUUGGCUGGUAAACGGAAGCUUGGGUGUGAGACCCUGCAGUGUGAGCUAAUGCAGCUAAUGCAGCUGAAAUUUUGGUAUCUGAUCAUAUCCUUCGUUUU